AUGGCAAGAUCCGAGAUCCAAUCUAACCCAGUUGUUGAGGUUAAGAUGAAUUUAAUUGGCAGGCGGAGCAAAGAUGGAAGGACAUAUAAUUUACCAAGCGCUAAUGAGGUAGCUGCACUUAUUGUUGGGGAUCUGGACCCAUCAAUGGGUGAUCUAGACAUAUUGAUAGAGAGCAGGACUGGGCAGUUGAAGAGAAUAAACCAAUUAAACCCUGCGUAUCUGCCGCUACAGUACCCUUUGUUGUUCCCAUACGGUGAAGAUGGUUACCGUGAAGAUAUUUCAUUCUCUGAUGCAUGGCGCCAAGGACAUCAUGGUGGUAGGAAAAGAAUUAGUCCUGAAGAGUAUUUUUCAUUCUAUAUACAUGAGAGAGUAAAUGAAAACCAUACAUUAUUGUAUUCUAGGAGGUUAUUUCAACAAUACUUGGUUGAUGCAUAUACAAUGAUUGAAUCUACACGAUUGAUCUACAUUAGAACUCAUCAGAAGGCUUUGCGUUGUGAAGCUUAUCAAGGAUUGAGCGAUGCAUUAACAAGGGGAGAAUUAGACCCUACAGGAUUGAGCGAUGCAUUAACAAGGGGAGAAUUAGACCCUACCGGUCGGGGUAAAAGAAUUAUACUACCAUCAUCAUUCACAACCGGUCGGGGUAAAAGAAUUAUACUACCAUCAUCAUUCACAGGUGGAGCCAGUAAAAGAAUUAUACUACCAUCAUCAUUCACAGGUGGAGCCAGGUAUAUGAUUAUACUACCAUCAUCAUUCACAGGUGGAGCCAGGUAUAUGAUUAAGAACUAUCAAGAUGCAAUGGCAAUAUGCAGACAAAUCGGUUAUCCACAUUUGUUCAUAACAUUCACUUGUAACCCGAAGUGGCCUGAGAUUGAGCGGUAUGUUGCCCAUCAUGGCCUUAAAUUAGAGGAUAGACCCGAUAUUAUAUGUGGAGUUAUCUACACUAUUGAAUUCCAAAAGAGAGGACUUCCCCACGCACACAUAUUGCUAUUUGCCAAAAAAAUAAACAGGGCGAAUUCCGCAACCGAGAUUGAUGCUAUUAUUUCAACUGAAAUUCCUGACCCAGAUGCUGACACUAAGUACCAUGACGUAGUCGGCGAAUUCAUGUUGCACAGACCGUGCGGACAACUUCGGAAGAAUUCGCCCUGUAUGAUAAAUGGUAAAUGUUCAAAGGAAAUGAUAAGGGUCACGGCAGAGUUCAUGAGUAGUUCUACAAAUGGACGAAAUGGUGAUGUGGUUGAUGAAAUUAACAUGUACUAUGAUUGUCGGUACAUAUCAGCAUGUGAAGCAACGUGGAGGCUUUUUGGGUAUGUGAUACAUUAUCGGACGCCACUUGUGGAAAGGUUAAAUUUUCACUUAGAGCACCAACAGAAUGUUGUCUAUGGUGAAGAUCAGACACUCGAUGAGAUUGUGGAGAACCAAACAGUUAAGCAGAGCCAAUUCACAGCUUGGUUUGAGGCAAAUAAGAAAUACGAAGAUGCACGUUCUCUCAGUUAUGCAGAGUUCCCAGUAAGAUGUGGAGAAUUAUACUAUCUAAGAUGCCUCUUAAAUCUAAUACGUGGACCUUCAAGCCACGAUGAUAUACGCACUGUUGCUGGAGUCAUUCACAAAUCAUAUAGAGAUGCGUGUUAUGAAUAUAGAUUAUUAGAUGAUGACAAGGAAUACAUCGACAGCAUAACUGAUUUGAGUUACUGGGCAUCCGCGUCUGCUUUAAGACAAUUGUUUGCUACGCUUCUGAGUUCAAGUACAAUCAGUAGGCCAGAGGUCGUACGGGAUGCUGUUUGGGAAUUUCUUGCAGAAGAUGCACAGUUUCAUCAUCGACGUCGCAUGAACAAUCUAGAUUCCGAUAAGAAACAGUUUGCUCUUGUGGAGUUGGAGAAAUUGUUAUCUUUGUGGGGGAAGAGUCUGAGAGACUUUCCAGAUAUGCCUCUUCUAGAUGAAACCAACAUCGGGUUUAUGGAAAACAUGUUGAUAGCUGAAGAGUUGGCGUAUGAUAAGGAAUCGUUGAAGAUAGAGCAUGAAACAUUGGCGUAUGAUAAGGAAUCGUUGAAGAUAGAGCAUGAAACAUUAGUAUAUGAUAAGGAAUCGUUGAAGAUAGAGCAUGAAACAUUAGUAACACAAUUGGAAUCGUUGAAGAUAGAGCAUGAAACAUUAGUAACACAAUUGACAUCGUUGAAGAUAGAGCAUGAAACAUUAGUAACACAAUUGACAGAUGAGCAAAAGAAUGUUUACGACUCUGUGAUGAAUGAUAUUGAUUGUAAUGGAGGUGGACUCUUCUUUGUGUAUGGUUAUGGAGGAACAGGCAAGACAUUCGUGUGGAGGACGUUAUCCUCAAUGGUAAGGAGCCGCGGAGAUAUUGUUCUAAAUGUUGCUUCAAGUGGAAUAGCAUCUUUAUUAUUACCGGGAGGAAGGACAGCACAUUCUAGAUUUGCUAUACCACUCUCAUUGAAUGAAGAUUCCACGUGUAAUAUAUCGCAAGGUAGUGACCUUGCUGAGCUUAUAAUUAGGAGAAAAUUGAUAAUAUGGGACGAAGCACCAAUGACUCACAAACACUGUUUUGAGGCUUUGGACAAAACCAUGAGGGAUCUAUUGAGGUUUGUCAUACCGGGUAGUGCUGAAAAGACAUUUGGUGGAAAGACAGUAGUUUUGGGCGGUGAUUUUAGACAAAUUCUUCUAGUUAUUCCCAAAGCAACGAGACCGAUAGUUGUCGGAGCAACUAUUAAUUCUUCAUACCUCUGGACAAAUUGCAAGGUAUUGAGGCUCACGAAGAACUUGAGACUACGGAGCUUAGCUUCAGAUGAAGAUAGGCAGACGGUUGAUUGGUUUUCAAAAUGGAUUGCAAACAUAGGAGAUGGGAUAACAGGGGUUGUAAACAAUGGUUUGUCUGAGAUCGAUAUUCCGCAAAGAUCACUCUCUUGGUCUUUGCAAUGGUACGCGCCUCAUUGUCACAAGAUUGACAGAUCAUAUUGUGGAAGCAAAAAUAGUUAA